UCACGCUGUUUUUGGCUGCGUAGAGUAGAGUAGUUCCUAAAAUCUUCGGGGACAGGUUGAACAUGAAUGAUCAUGUCUCCACUACUUAACUCACACUUUACCAUCAGUUUUAACUCUAAAAGAAAAUAAUUUUCUUGGGAUUGAUUGAAAUUAAUGUCGAUCAUAUAUACUUUAAUUACUGCAUUUGAUAUGACGAGUGUAUGAUGAUGAUUAAAGUUAAGUCAAUCCGACGUGGACCAAUCAAAAUUGUUCUACAAUGCACAUAUCUUUAACAAAACUUCUAGAGAGAGAGAGAGAGGGCAAAAAAAAUAAAAAGAACAAAAAAAAAUCAACAAACCCUAAAGUGACUUUUCUUAGUCCUAUUAAUACUCUCUCUAUAGAGAUCUGUUACUUCAUUUUCUCCAUCUUUCUCUUCUCUUUCCCCUCAGAUUCCAUUAACCUUCAAAAGUUUCAUAUACAUUCUCUCAGCUCAAAAGCUUUUUUCUUCCAAUACUUAAAAUAAAAAACAGAGCUUUCUCCUUUCUUCUCUUUUAUUGUUACUUUUGGCUCAGCAUUACAGCUUUAAUAAACAACAUGAGACAUUCUUGCUGUUAUAAACAAAAGCUGAGAAAAGGGCUUUGGUCUCCAGAUGAAGACGAGAAGCUUCUCAACCACAUCACCCAUCACGGUCAUGGCUGCUGGAGCUCUGUUCCUAAACAUGCCGGUUUGCAGAGAUGUGGUAAAAGUUGCAGAUUGAGAUGGAUCAAUUACUUGAGACCUGAUUUAAAGAGAGGAGCUUUCUCUCAAGACGAAGAGAAUCUCAUCGUUGAGCUUCAUGCAGUUCUUGGAAACAGAUGGUCACAGAUUGCAGCUAAACUACCGGGAAGAACCGACAACGAGAUCAAGAAUCUAUGGAACUCGAAUAUAAAGAAGAAGCUGAAACAAAGAGGCAUUGAUCCAAACACACACAAACCCAUCUCCGAAGUUGACAGAGACAAGCCAACAACAAGCAGCAACGACCACAUGUCUCUUAGUUCCUCCUCUGCGACUAACCAAGACUUCUUUCACGUAAGGCCAUCUGAUUUCUCCGACUACUUCAACGCCAACCUCGGACUCUCGGUUGAGUCUUCCCUCUGCUCCAUGGUUCCGGUGCAGUUUAGCACCGGAAACAUGGAUGGCUCUGUGUUUCAGACGCACUCUUGUGUUAAGCCUUCGAUUAGUUUUCCUCCGGACAACAGUUCGAGUACUGAUCACGCAGCACCUAACUGGGAGUUUCAGACAAACAACACCUCGAGUUUCACCGACAACGGUGGUUUCACAUGGUCAGUCCCAAAUCUUUCUCCUUCUCUAGUCAAACCUAAUCAUAACUUCGAGGAAUUGAAAUGGUCAGAGUAUUUGAACACACCGAUCUCUCUACCGGUCUUCGUCAAAUCAGAGGCAGAUUACUUAGCCAAUGUUUCGAGCUUGGCAGAUCCUUGGAGCCAAAGCCAGAACGAGAGUUUGAGCACACCUGAAGCAAGUGACGUGUUCUGCAAGGACCUUCAGAGAACGGCUGUCUCUUUUGGUCAGUCCCUUUAGGUUUUAUUUUUUUCUUAACUCUUAACAGAUGUAUAAAGCAAAAACAUAUACAAUACAUACGUACGUAAAGUGGGUUUAAGUGUCUUUAUUUCUAUUUUAAAUGUGUCAUACGUCAAAUAUUAUUCUUUCUUUUGCAAAUCUUUCACUUUCAUACUAUAUACUUUUUAUUUGGCUAUAAAGAUUAUGAUGUAUAGUAUUAUCGAUGGUUCCAAAGGUCUGUCUUUGCAAUUAAUCUGUUGAAGAACAAUGAUGAACGUAAUAAAUCAGUUUCUGUAUGUUUC